ACGCUCGCGGAAGGGGAGAGAUGUCGCGACGAAGCGAGUAGUGGUUAGGGUUCUUCGCUUACCGCUUUCGUUUUCCUCCUCUUAGGGUUUCCUCUCCUCUCUCUCUCUCUCUCUCUCUCUCUCUAUAGAACACUGUCGCGGAGGUUUCUAAUCGCGUUGGAGAUCGAUAGAUCGGAUCAGGUAAAGGUCGCGUCCUUCGCGGCGCUCGGUUUCAUCGAUUUUUCCAUCUUUUUCCUGCGUUUUUUGGUUUAUUUUUUGUGCUUUUGUGAGGAUUUUUGGUUGGGAGUGAGUGGUUGGAGUGGUGGGGAAAGAUCAGGGCUUGUGUGUAGAGGAUCCAAGUUCCAAGCUAAAAGGUUUGUUUUUGAUCGAUCGGAUGGGAGAAAAGAGCUGGCUUUAGGGCACGGAUGUGUUUUUGCGAUCGUCGUGCUGGAUCUUCUCGCUAUUCAUGGCGAUGCAGUGGUUUUGGUUAGCAUAUUGGGAGAGUUGUCGCCAUGGUGAAGCUUUGGUGGAGUCGGCUUGGGCAAACCAUAAGACCGUAACAAGGAUCAGUAAUUGGUUUUGAUGAGAAGGUUGGCCGAGUGCUUAUUUCUAUAUAUUGGCUUCAGCGUUUGCUUAUCGUUGUGACACAUGAAAAUUUGGUACCAUUGCAUGAAGGAGAGAGAGAGAGAGAGAGAGAGAGAGAGAGGGAGAGUGAGAGAGAUCUUACUGGAUUUCCUGGAUUCUGGGGUAUUUAUUGGAGUCCGUGCUUCACGAUCAAGUCAUCUUGUUGUUCAGAAAUUGCAAAUUUUGGUUACUUCUUUUUUGAAGAAUUGAAAGAGAGCGCGAGAGAGAGAUCUAAUUCGCGUUUCCAGUGAUUUGGGGUAGUUUUUUGGAUCUACAUUUCGGCAGCCUGUUUGACAUGUAUUUUUUCAUUCUAUUAUGUGAUCAUGAGGGGUCAUUAUUGGUAUGUUCUAUGGAUUCUGUCAAGCUCUUACAUUCCAUGAUCUGCAUAUCUUACUUUCGGCUUCACUAGGUCCUGGGAGAUUAGCUGGUAUUUGGUCAUUAUGAACACCAUAAAAGACGAACUAAGAUAUUCUUGUUGUUAUACCCUAUCUCUAUGCAACUACAAUUGUUUCCUUUACAGCUGCGUACGUAUUAAUGUCUGUAUGGAGAAAGCUAAGUGUUGGAGCUGGAUUUGGUAUCAGGAGUCUGAUUAUUGCUGGUGGGUAAUAGCUCAAUGGGAGCGCGAAAACUCUUUCGUCUUAUAUAACAUGUUGUGCAUAAUGUUUUAAACGAAAAUCCCUGAAGAUAACUAAGCAGCAGGUUAACAAACUGCAUCGGACUAUUGCAGUUUUCAUUAUAUACCUUUUUCGACGCGCAGGGUUCAUAAGAGGAACAAAAGGCAUAACUGCUGUUUAGGGACAUCUCUUCACUGUGGUAUCAAGUAGAACAGAGGACUAUGUCAAAGAGCUUCGAGAUAUUUUGAUGAUACCAAGACAUGACAUUUUAGUGCUUUAUUGUUUGGUUACUGCAAUUGUUCUUGGUUAAUAAUGUUUCGGCGCCUGCAUUUGUAUUUUUAGCUGUGUAGGGAAAGAGUUGGUGGCAAAUUGCAGUUUGCUUUUUCUUUCACUGGAUUAGGGUGAUUACUCAAAGGUUUCUUCUGCUUCGCAAAUAGACUAAGGAGAUGUCUGUAUCUGAAAAUAUAGAGGUCGGACUUCAGCAAUCAGGUGAGCCUAUUGCUGGUGUGCCUAUUAAGAAAAGGCCAGUGUCGUUAUCUCAACCUUCAUUUCUUUCAAAUGAAGCGCCACCACUGCCGCAGCAAGAUUGCAACGAACAGCUGAAAACACACUUUCUUUCGAAAUCUCAAUCUCUUGUUUCUUAUGGUAGUCAGCAUUCAGCAGUAGGGUCCAAUGUAGCCGGAGAAUCUUUGCUAAACCAAGCUGUAAAAGUGGAUUUAAACAAAGGAAAUUCUAAUGCGUCCAAUUUGAAGGAUAUUGAGCUUAGGAAUGUUACCCCAAACGCUAUGGGAAUUAACAUUUUGCAAGAUGUGAAUAUAGCGGAUCAGUCUACUUUACGAACAGAUUCAGAAAAUGAGCAGCCACUAUCAUUGCAGAAAAGACCAGAGUCUUGUUUAGGUGAGGGGAGCUGUGGAGGGAAAUUUGCAUCAAGUGAUAACUCUGCCUUUAGAAGAGUUUUACCAAUGACUGGAUCGCAGCAGGUGUUAUCUAAGGAUGGUACCAAUAAAGCUACUUUUGUGAAGCAAGAGAACUUGGAUCUAUGUUCAUCGGUCCUGGCUGUAUCAGGACACUCUACUCUUGGAAGUAGUGAUCAUAAACAACAAGUCAGAUCUAAUGACAGCUGCAUGAAAAGGUGUAACUGGGAUUUGAAUAUACCAAUGGACUCAUGGGACACCACCAUAGAUGCUUUGUCUUUGGACAAUGUUGCAAAAAGUAAAUUACAUUAUGGCUCGAUGCAAGAAAAGAUGGUCGAGAUUUGUCCUCAGCGAGCGGAAUCUACAAGACAUGGAGAAAUGCUUCUGAAAGGGUGCUAUAAUCCUAACUUGUCAAAAACAGUUAUGCCUUCUGAUCACAGUGCGGAUGAGGUUGGCCUAGAUCUGCAGCUUAAGUUGCUGACCGGGCCCGAAUUACGCAUCAAAUGGGGAUCUAUUGACCCUCCAGAUUUGAGCUUGUCAUUGACUGGCGAGCAGACAGAUUCUUCUUCUAUAGCAGUACAUUCUAAGAAAUUAGACUUGGGGUGUCAAAAGAGCACAGCAGAGCCACCACCAGCCAAUUUGAAGCCACCGUGCGUGCAGCACAUAAAACGUGAGCCAGGUGAGGAAAGGUUUUGUGGUGAAGCUUCCACAGCAACUAGCUGUCAACUUCAGGAGCCACCAGCUGGCAGUAUUGUGAAACCUGAACUAGUUGAAGAGCCAUUGCAAGAACACCUCAAACUCAGUUUAGGGAAAUCACCUCGUUCAGAGAGCAAUUUUCCUAAAUCACCUCAGGGAGAUGGCAAUUUAGGGAAAUCGCCUCAUGUGGAGGAUGAUCACUCUAGCAUGCUAGCAGCCAAUCAGUCAGAAAUGCGCUCAGUUGCUAGUGUAUCAGAGAAGAUGGAUUCGAGUUUGGAAAUGCCUUUGAACAAUAACAAGCUUUGUUAUAAGUCAGAUAUAUCUGGUGAUGUUGUUAAAACUUCAAUGGGAAGGGAAGAGCAGGCUGUCCCCACGGUCUCUCAAUCAAUUAUUCCAAAUUGUGAUAAAUCUCAUAAAAGUAAAGAGGUUAUUACUGGCGAGGUCUCACCUGGGGCUUCAAAACGCUCAUCUUCAGAGGAAAAAUUAUCUAGCUCUGCUGAUCAAGCUUGUGAACUCUUGGCAUCACCUUUAGUGGAAUGUGAUGGUAAAGAACCUGUGGCUUUUGACGGCUUGUCUGAAGGCAGUUCUGAAAUGGACUGUUCGAAUGAUGAAAAUUCGAAUAUAGAACAGAUGGCAAAUGGAAACUGCCAGAUUGGUAAGGAAAGUCGUGAGAUCACUAAUUCAUCUACCCAGAUCAGGGAAGAGCAAACUAAUGAGAACCAACAGAAAAUUCUUAGGCGGAGGUAUGGUGAUGGUGAGUAUGAAGAUGGUGAAGUGAGAGAGAUUGGAACACAAGGUUUGUCUCAGAUUACAAAAGAAGGGGAGAAAAAGUUGCCUCAUAAAGAGAACCCUCAUAGCAUCUGUCCUGUGAAUACCCCAACUUCUUCACAAGUAGAUGCAAGUUCAAAGAGCAGAGAAACAUCAGAGCAAGAUGAAACAAAGUCUGGUCAUAAUGCUGAAAAUCGUGAAGGUGAUGUAUGUGAUGGUAAGAAAGACACAGGACCUGAUUCAACUAAAACAAAGCUUAUAAGAACCUCCCAUAAACGCACGAUUGAUCAAGUUGCGAAUGAUAAUGGCGCAGAGAUGAAUACAAAAUCCAGAGAUAGGACUGAGAUUGAUGCUAAACGAGUUGUUGGUAGGAUUGAGAAUGAUAGCAAUAUCCGAUUAGACAAUGCUAGUGAACCUAGUCUGCCUAUGAAGCAGUCUGGUUCAUCACCAAAAGAUUUAUCUGUAGAUGGUGUUGGAAACAAAUGCACUGAUGGUAGUAGUUUGCAUAUCCAAACUGAUAAGUUGAACUCAAAUUCUAAAAGGUUGCCAGUAGAGAAAACAAAUCCUUCUUUCACGACUACUUUUCAAGGCAGAAGAGCAAGAUUUGCUGAUAAAUUCAACAGGCGAGGUGCUCAUGGGAACCGGAAUGAAAGGUGGGAUGGAAGGUUUUUGAAAACUGAAAGUGCGAAAAAUGAAUAUCAACCAACCAGUAGACAUGGAUCCAAUGUGAACCCAAAAAGUCUCGAAAACCGAUUGGGUUUUCCUUACGGUGGACGAAACCCUGACUCUCGCUUUUCAUCAGAUCGUAGAAACCAAAAAGGUGCACGAUUUCCUAGGCCAAAUGAUGGGACUGGAGAUGUACCUGUCAAUAAUAAUGUUGCUGGACAUUGUGGUAGAAGGUCCGCAGAAGAUGAACCACGUAAUUUGUCUCGAUUUGAUCCUAGAAGGCGAUCCCCUCUCAACCCUAAUAAUAGGUUUGUUGCUGGAGAAACUUCUGAUGCUUUCAUGAUAUCUCAUGAGGAGAAUAUCAUGAGAUCUUUACCCCAAGAUAUGAUGGAACAAGCUUUACCCUUUUCACACUCUCGUCUCCAGUAUGAACAAGUUGAACACGAUGUAAUCCGAAGAGAAAGGAGCUAUUCACCUGGAGCAUGUACUAGGGUUCCUCCUGUACAUAUAGCUCGGGCUCAUUCUCCUCAUGCUUUCAAUGGACACCCUGAUAUGAUGCGAUGUCGGUCGCCGCCUCUAGUUACACAUCAGCUUAGAUCACCUCACCAACGGCUGAGAUUGCCUCACAAAGAUUUGAUGGCUAGAAGGCAACGCUCGCCUCCAUACAGCCAGUUUCAUAGUAGGGAUCCGAGGGAUAGACUUCAUGUGAUGAAUUAUAAUAAUGAUGAUAUGCCUAGGCCUAGUAGAGGUUUCCAAAGGAACUUGAGGAGAUUCGACAUGGUUGGCUCACAAGAGUCUGCGGAUGAGGACAAUUUUGGGCCUAACAAUUUUGGCCCUUCACAUUCUCCAGAGCUUCCUGAGAUUUCAAGAGAGGAUGAAUAUAUUGAUAGGAGGAAUAUAGAUAGGAGGCACACGUUUUCUUAUAGGCGGCUGCAUGUAGUUGGUCAAGAGGGAGAAGAGAUGAUCCCUUCGGGUGAAGAUGGGCCUACUAGGAAUGUUAGAUUUCGACCUGAAGAUGAUGUGUCGCCUGAUGGUGGCGUCGGCCUGCAGGAUUUAAAUGGCCGCCUUCGAAACCGAGUAGCAGCGGGUGGUGCAUUCAGUAGAUUGAGGGAGGUGGGGGAACAAGAUGGCUACAAUUACCAGGGCCCACAGAGAUGGCGCCAUGGUGAUUUUAAUGGCAGGCGAUUGAAGAAAAGAAGAUACUGAAUUUCACAAACCGUACUUUUUUGGGUGACGCAGGCAUUCGGUGCAUGAUGACCCUUUUGUCUUGUGUUUGAUAGCUCUAGUUGAUUGGAAUGCAUGCCGCUGCGAGUUCUACAUUAACCCGAAGGCAAUCCAUGCAUUUUCAACAUCUGCGGUACUUGGAAAGAUGGAUUAUGGAUUACGGAUUACUGGAGGAUAAGUUAUCUAUCUACCUUUUGAUCGGAAAACCCUGGAGACUACGAAAGGCAAUCUAGAACUGCUGCUGUUUGGAGAGCUGCAGAACUUCGAAAACUCUGGAGUUUGUUUGUCCUUUGAGUAGCAGCAGUUUCUUAGGCCGGUUUCAUUAGUGAUUAUGUGAUCUAUAAGUGUGACAAAUAGCGGAUCUGAUCAUAAUCUUGAAGUUGCCUUUUUGAGUUUUGCCACAUAAGCGAAUAACGCUGACCUAUAGAAGCCAAAGGACUAACUUGUUAAGCCUACAGUUCUCCUAUCUGCACUGCACUAACUUGUUAAGCCUACAGUUCUCCAAUCUGCACUGCACAUAUUUUAAGCUUUUCUUGCUGAACAUGUCGAACGUUUGACAAAUUAUGCUGAAAGUUCAGGAUCUUUAGGCAAUGUGUCUCAGCUUGGAACUUUGGCUUUUCCAGUUUCUGCUUUUGUUGUUUUCCAAGCUGAAGAACUGCUUAAUCUGAUCAAUUAACUGUAGGUUUUCAAAAAGUAGUACUUAUUUUGGCCUAUUUGGCGUUGGAUUGUC